ACAGUGACAACAUAGGAAACUUCCCUAUGUUUAUCGAAUUAAUUGUCAUUAUUUCGGCUUCAUCAUGCGGCGAGCAGCAGGUCUCGGGAAAAUCAACAAACAGAAACUUGCUCAGGCCAAGUACAAGGACAAAGGAUCUGAGAUUGCAGAGGAUCAGUUGAAUCAGAUGAGUCGUCAGCUGGAGGUCUUCAGGACCAACCUUGAAGAGUUUGCCGCCAACCAUAAGUCAGAGAUCAAGAAGAACCCAGAGUUCAGGAUGCAGUUCCAGGACAUGUGCGCCACCAUUGGAGUCGAUCCAUUAGCAUCCGGGAAAGGGUUCUGGUCAGAGAUGUUAGGAGUUGGAGAUUUCUACUAUGAAAUUGGCGUUCAGAUCAUUGAGGUUUGCCUGGCGACGCAGCAUCGCAACGGAGGACUAAUGAACCUUGAAGAGCUGCUCUACAAAGUCAGGAAAACGAGAGGACAGACAAAGCAGGCCCAGGAUGUCAGUCUCGAUGACAUCAAAAGAGCUAUCAAGAAGCUGAAAAUCUUGGGUAAUGGAUUCGGUCUUCAUUGCCUGGACGAUGGGCGGUUCAUCGUUCAGUCUGUACCGGCAGAGCUUAGUAUGGACCACACAAGUGUUCUCAAUGUAGCACAGGGUACCGGAUGUGUGUCCGUCUCUGAUCUGAAGACCAAACUGAAAUGGGAAGAAGACAGAGCAAAACUAGUUAUGGAUCAGCUGGUCAAGGAAGGUUUAGUAUGGGUGGACGACCAGGACAGGUCAGGCAGGCUCUACUGGUUUCCAGGACUCUUCCCAGAAACUUGAUGAAAGUGAUUAUUUUAUUCUAUUUCAUACACUGUGUUGAUAAAUGUAUAGUGAUUAUAAUCUGGAAUUAUAUAUCGCUUUGUGCGAAAUACCUUGCCUUACCAAUCCCUCCUGACGACGGAUAGUCAACCUGUUCGAAACGUCAAGCCACUCAUCCUCUCCAAGCGCUAUAGUUCUCCUUAGAACUAUAAGCUAAAAAA